UCCGUCCCCUCUGUCCCGCCCCGGCCAUGGCGGCGCGGCUGUGGCGGCUCUGUAACCUCCUCAUGGCCGCCUUCUUCGGGCUGGCGGCCGCCGUGCAGGUGAACGACCCCGACGCGGGGCUGUGGACGGUUGUCUACUUAGUGCCAGCUGCCCUGACACUGCUUGUCAGCAUCAACCCUUCAAUAACAGACAAUGGUGUUUGGAGGAGCCUCUGUGACCUUCAUUCUGCUGGCUGUGUUGUUGGGACCAUUGCCUUGGCUUGCUCUUUGUUUGCUUAUGCUCAAGGAAACAUUUUUCAUGAAGAGGAAGGCAGAGAAUUGUUUGGUCUGGUGAUUAUUGCAAUAUGGAUGAGUCUUUGUCGCAGUUCAGCAAAGAGUCCCCUGGGAGGAGCUCGUUUGGUUGCUGCAGUUGUUGUUGCCCUCUUCCCCUUUGUUUCAUGGCUGUAUAUUUAUGUGAACAAAGACAUGCGAGAGUCUUGGCCAACACACUGCAAAACCGUGAUGUAAUUGGGUGGGAGAAAGUCUGCAGUAACUAUUACAGUAACUAUGCUGACCUUUUUUGCCUUUGGUUUUGGUACUUAAUGAAAGGUGACUGUCAGUUUGAUAGGAGCCAAGAAUACCUGGCUGCUUCCAGCAGUGCCAGCUGAGAUUUGGUAAAAUGUUGAGGAACGCUGUCAAAUCUGAGUGGGGGAUUUUUCUGUGGAAACUGUUCACCUUGCUGCUUCUUACAUUUUCCAAGCACCAUUGAUCUAAUGUCUGUUCUGAUGGUAUAUUCAAGAUAUCACUAUAUCUCUGGAUCACUCUCCAAUCACCUGAUAGUUUGGGAAAUCUAAAAUCUACCCUUCCGUAAUAUAAGGGACAAAUAAAGCAAACACUGUUUUAAUAAAUGACUAUUUACAGCCAUAGAACUGUCAAAAAUGUGCCUGGAUAAUCCAUUUCAGACUUCUUGGAAAACUGAGCAGUCUGUAUUUCUGUCCUGUGCUAAAAUCAUAUGUAGACUAUAUCUGAAAAAAAUAUUUUUGCUAUUAUCUUUAACUGAAAGUCACUGGUUUUACUGAGUAAUAAACACUAUUUUUUAUAAGAAAACUUAAUGAAAGCCUCUGUAUCUUUUAUUUUCUGGGAGAUGCACAUUCAAGCCUGUCACCAGCAGAUGUGGGCACUGUCACAACUCUGCUGCUCACCUAAUUUUUCUUGGAAAGCAGGACCCACACAGUAGCCCUGCAGCAGCAAGCAUGUCCCACUAUUCAUCCUGGAGAAGGAAGCUCAGGUGGAUGCACUGGACUCAGGAGCUGGCUGGGACAGAGCCAGGACAGCUCCAGGUGUAACACACAACACCUUUACUUACAUGGGUGUCAGAGCUCACUCUCAGCCCUGCUGCAGGUGAUCCCAGCUGUGCACACACAGCACAGCCUGAGCAUCUGCAGCAUUCCACGGUGCAGCACAGAUGGUCUCAGGCUCAGCUUUCUCUGAGGAUUACUUUAGUAUUUUAAAGCAAAGUUGGAAGACUGAUUUAGGCUACAGGCUGGAUAUAUUCUGCCAAACAUGAGACCCUAUUGUAAUGUUCACAGAAAAUAAAUAAAUAGAGAUGUGGCCGGGCAGGUACAACUCUGCAUGCUUUAAUGCUCACGGAGAGAACAGCAUUAGGGCUUUUUUUGAGCAAUAUUCUUUAUAUGGUUUGCAUCUUUUCACAGCAGCAAUCCAGUCUGGAUUGGGUGUUUGAAAUGAACAUUCUCCAUUCCAGUAUAUUUAUUUAAAUUACUGGCCUUCUCUGUUCUCCAA